GGAGGACGUUUUGGAAGUGGACAGAAGGUAGAAAUGUAAGGCAGGUGGUGGAAAAGGGGGACGUCAGGCAACCUUGUGCCAACCCCCAAAUGCAGGACAUGUGUGUGAGAGGGAGAAGAUGGCUCCCCCUCAAUCAGAGUGUGGAAAAAGGCCUGUUAUGAAUGAGUUAGAAGUCGGAAAUCGGAUUAUCGGUGGACGUGAUGCCCAGCUCGGGGCAUGGCCAUGGCAAGUUAGUCUUCAGAUUUGCCAUCCUCAUAUAAGAGAAUAUCGUCAUGUUUGUGGUGGUUCUUUAAUAAAUAACAACUUGGUACUGACAGCAGCACAUUGCAUUAAAAAUUAUAGGGACCCAGACAUAUGGAGAGCUGUGAUUGGCUUGCAUCAUCUUUAUAAGGAUAAUUCUUACACUGUAAAGCGCCAAGUCAAAGCUAUUUUGAUCCAUUCUGAUUUUCAACUUGGAACCUAUGACAAUGAUGUUGCCUUGUUUAAACUAGUCACAUUUGUCAAGUACAAUCCCUAUAUUCAGCCCAUCUGCUUACCUGAAACUUCUCUCCUCAGUGAUGAGACCCCAUGUUACAUAAGUGGAUGGGGAAAAACAAAGGAGAAUGGUCAAGGUGAACAUAUAUUACAAGAAGCUCAGGUUGAUAUUAUUCCAUUAAGUAUUUGUAACAAAUUUGAUUGGUAUGGAGGAGCAAUAUCAUGGAAUAUGAUUUGUGCUGGUUCUGAAAGUGGAAAGGUUGAUAGCUGUCAGGGUGAUAGUGGUGGUCCUCUGGUGUGCUAUUUUCCAAAUGUCACCAAGUAUUAUCUGAUAGGAAUCACCAGCGCUGGCAUUGGCUGUGGCAGACCAAAAUAUCCAGGCCUAUAUGUACGUACCGUGAAGUACAGAAGUUGGAUAGAUUCACAUCUGCUUAACAAAACCAUCAGUGUGAGCAUCCAGUUUGUUCUGCUUUUUUUGAUAGCUGGGAGGAUGAUGUUACAUACUAUUCUCUGAAGAGGCAAAAUUUCCUUUCAUUACACUUGAGUCAUCGUGAUUUUUUUAAACCUUUUUUGCAAAUGUUAUCUUCAGCACAAGUAAUUAAAUUAGAUCCAGGCUACAUUAGUUAGUCAUGACUUCCUUAAGUCCUGAUUUCAGCAGUAACUGUGUACUCUAAUGUGUUCUGAUUCUACUCAUUAUUUUUAAUAAACAUUUUCUAUUAUAUUACCAUC